AUGUCUCAAAACCUUAAAAGUUCCCCAAGCCUCCCAUGGAAGCCCUGGUUCUUGAUGAACUUCCUCGCCUAUAUUGUCGACGCCAGUCGCCGCCCUAACAUUACCGUCAACCGCCGUCUCUUCAACCUCUUUGACUUGAAAUCUCCACCAUCAAAAAACCCCAUUAACGCCGUUGCAACCUUAGAUAUCGUAGUUGACACUUCUCGUGACCUCUGGUUUCGCCUCUAUACACCUGAAAAAGGAGGUGGAGAUGACGUUAGCAUGCCUGUCAUUUUUUACUUGCAUGGCGGAGGAUUUUGUUACUUGCAAGCCAAUUCAUUUAGCUUUGAUAGGUUUUGUAGAAGGCUAGCCAAGGAGCUUCAUGCCGUAAUAGUUUCUAUCAACUAUCGUCUCGCCCCAGAGCACAGGUAUCCAAGUCAAUGUGAAGAUGGUAUUGAUGUGCUCAAGUUUGUUGACACCACAAACAUUGAAAGAUUCCCUUCUUGUGCUAAUCUCAAGCAUUGUUACAUUGUUGGAGACAAUGCGGGUGGCAACUUGGCGCAUCAAGUAGCACUUAGAGCCACUCAGAACAAUUUUUUGAAGCUGGAGAUCAUUGGACUUAUAGCGAUUCAACCGCUUUUUGGUGGUGAAGAAAGGACAGAAUCAGAAAUUAGGCUUCACAAAUCUACAUUAUUGCCGAUGGAGCGGACUGAUUGGAUGUGGAAGGCUUUACUGCCAAAAGGUUCAAAUAAAGACCAUCCGGCAGUGAACAUUUUCGGGCCGAAUGCGGUUGAUAUUUCGGACGUGAAGUUUCCCGCGACGAUUGUAUUUGUUGGAGGGUUAGAUACAUUGCAAGAUUGGCAAAAGAGGUACUAUGAAGGAUUGAAGAAAAGUGGAAAAGAAGCUUAUUUAAUAGAGUACCCUAAUGCUGUUCACUCUUUCUAUAGUCACCCUGAGAUUCCUGAGUCAUUUAUGCUGAUUGAGGAGUGCAAGGAUUUUAUAAGAAUUCAAUCUGCUAAAAGUUAA